AUGCCGCCCAAAUCGCUCGUCACGGCGCUGCGCGAUCGCUACCUCAACACCAUCCGUUCCGUGCAGCCCCCCGCAAGAUGGAAGGUGCUCGUCGUAGACUCGUUCACAAAGGAGCUCCUCAACUCGGUGCUCAAGAUGUACGACAUCCUCCAGGAAAACGUCGCACAGGUGGACAACAUCGAGCUCAGUCGCGCUCCCCAGUCGUCGCUCGAGGCGUGCUACCUCCUCACCCCCACCAGCCACAACGUAGACCGCAUCAUCCGCGACUUGGCCCCCGACGCAGGCCGCCAGCCCACCUACGCCGCAGGCCACAUCUUCUUCGUCGACAGCCUCUCGGACGCGCUCGUCCACAAGCUCACCUCGUCGCCCGCAGAGCCCAAGCUGCGCCAGCUCAUUGAGCUCUACACCAACUUCUGGCCCACCGAAUCCCAGGCCUUCUCGCUCAAGUCGCCUCAGAGCUUCCUCAACCUCUUUCAGCCCCUCGGCGGCCUCUAUGGUCCUGACCCCAUGGAGGCUAUGCGCACCAUCGACGAGGAGCUCCAGUUCUCUACACAGGCCAUCCUCAACGUAUGCGUCACCCUCAACGAGUUCCCGCUCAUCCGCUACUACAACCCCUCCCAUCCACCACUCGGCCCGCUCCAGCCACCCAAGGAUGCCAUCAAAUCUCAGACCGCCGCCGCCAACAUGUACCAGGGCAGCGCACGCAUGGCGCGCCUGCGCGGCACCAACAACGAUGCCGGCCUCGCAGGCGCAGGCUCCGACGGUCCCGUCGCCGGCGAGCAUUUCACACGCAAGCUCGCCAUGCGCGUCCAGGCCGCCAUCGACCAGUACGUGCGCGACAACCAGCCCAAGAUCGAGUCGAGCCGGCCGCGUUCGGUGCUCUUCAUCACCGACCGCUCCAUGGACACGGUCGCGCCGUUCCUGCACGAGUUCUCCUACCAGGCCAUGUGCAACGACCUGCUCGCCAUCGAGGACGGCACGCGCUACAACUACACCUUCUACACCGCCGAGGGCGAGCGCGAGCAGAAGGACGCCGUGCUCUCGGAUGACGACAACGUCUGGACGGGCAUCCGACACCUGCACAUCGCCGAGGCCAUCGACAAGCUCACCAAAGACUUCAAGCAGCACGCCGGCGAGCAGGGCGCGUUUGCCGACCCCAACUCGUCGCUCAACGACAUGCGCGACAUGCUCGCCUCGCUGCCGCACAUGCAGGAGAUGAAGGAGAAACUCUCGCUCCACCUCACCAUGGCGCAGGACUGCAUGAACCGCUUCGAAAAGUCGCGGCUGCCGCAGCAGGCCAUGGUGGAGCAGAACUGCGCCACACGCCUCACGCCCGAGGGCCAAAAACCCCGGACGCUCGUCGAGGAGAUGGUGCCGCUGCUCGACGACCGCAGCGUGACGAACACGGACAAGGUGCGCAUCAUUGCGCUCUACAUCAUGUACUGCGAUGGCGUACCCGACGAGGAUCGCAAGCGUCUCUUCCAGCACGCGCGUCUGGGGCGCUACGAGAUGGACGCCGUCGACAACCUCGUCCACCUCGGCGCACAGGUGGUGCGCGACGCCACGGCGUCCGGCUGGGACGCGUGGUUCAAGAAGGGCAAGCGCAAGCAGCAGCCGGGCGAAAACGAGUUCGAACUCAGCCGUUACCAGCCGCUCGUCAAGCUCAUGGUCGAAGACCACUUUGCCGGUAAGCUCGAACAGGCCACCUUCCCCUACGUGCGCGAUGCGCCUCCGGAAGCAUCGACAGGCCUGUCGCUGCCUGUGCAAACCUCGGCGCUGGCUCGCGUCGGGCUUGGCGGGGGGAGCGCAACGACGGCUUCGGCGGCAAGCGCACGUACGCAGCCCAGCAGUCUGCGCUCUGCCAAGCCGACCUGGCACCAAAAGGGACGGGGUGGAUCGAACGUCGGGGUGGAGAGGAGCGAGAACCGCCAGCGCGUGCUUGUGUUCGUUGCGGGCGGCAUGACGUAUUCCGAGAUGCGUUCGGCGUACCAGAUGAGCGAACGCCUGGGCAAGGACUGCUACAUUGGAUCGUCGCACACCUUUACCCCGCAAUCGUUUGUCGAGGUGCUCAAGCAGUUUGGCAAGGCCGGGUCGCGCGAGGCUGCGCAGCAGCGCCCACACCACGCGCAUCACGAGCAUCGUCAUCAUCAGCAGGAACAGCAACUGCCACCGGGCGCAAGGGGGCUCAGCAAACCGCUCAACGACCGCAGCGCCAUCCGCACCGAGUCGCUCAAGCACGGCGCCUACCCCGCGCACGCCGGCACCAACGGCGGCCAGUCGGGCUAUGGCUCGCCACCCGUGGACCAGUCGACGUACGACCGCAGGUUCCAGUCGCAUGCUCCCGCACCACCCCACCAUCCGCAGCAGCACCAGCAACAACAGCAGCAGCAGCAGGGGCCAAAAUCUAGCCUCCCACCCCACGUUGCUGCGGAUGCAGGUAGCGGCGCACGCAGCACCAGUCCUGCCCCCAGCCAGGCGAGCGACCUCAGCCAGCGCUCCAAGGACAAGAAGCGUCUCAAGAAUCCCUUUUCCUUUAAAAAGUGA